UGUAUUGAAAGGUUUAAACGACUUUAUAAUUUGAUAGCUGUAGUACAGACGUAUCACUAUGGGGAAUAUUGUCAAAUUAGUUUUCUUGGUGUAUAUCUUGACAACCUAUAACUGUGAAGCGGGUUGCUACUACAAGAGAGUUAAAUCUGGUCAAGGAUUAGGUUGUUCAGAAGGAAACCAGUUCAUUGCACGUGGAGCCUCCGCACGUGUCGGAUGUGACAUUUGUAGAUGUGUACUCCCUAGACUUGUUCAGUGUUGUUCAACGGGUAUGAGAAUAACAAGCCAUCCAGAUGAUUGUAAAGUUAUAGUACAGGGAUGUACAGAAGUAGCGGUCAAGAUUAACGACGAGUCCAUUCACUGUGUAGAGGGGAUAGCUGGAGUCGGACGAUGAUGGAAU